AUGGUGACUCUUGGAGAUAUUGCCGCGAAGAAAUUCCUGCCAUUGCAGGUGUUUACUCGACAGACUGCCCAUUAAUUUAUUGAUCGUUGAAAUAUUAUGGUUUUUGGUCCUUCCUGUUAGAGAUAUUUAUUUUGAAUUUUUUGAUGCAGGGAUCGCCAAGGCGAAGCUUUUAUCUGCCGAGGAGAUCACAGGGCAAGACGCGGUGCGCCUUCGCCCCUGGGCGUCGCCUGCCCGGCGUUGCCAGUAGCGGCAUUUCGUCGAGCAGAAAGCUCUCGCUUGUGUUGUGCCCAAAGGCUGUGGUUUCAAGUGGAGCGCAGGCUUCAGUGGACGAAGAAGCUGGCGGCGCUCGGGGGGGUGCCGAGAUUAUUCACUUCUACCGCCGGCCGUUCAUGUCGGAGAAUGCGGCGGCGGAGCUGCUGAGAGAGGCUCAGGUGAAGGUCUCUGAUCAGAUUGUUGGACUGGAGACGGAACAGUGCUUCAACAUCGGGUUGAGUGGCGCUCUGUCGGGGGAGAAGCUGGCGGUGCUCCAGUGGCUGCUGCAGGAGACCUUUGAGCCUGAGAAUCUGCGGCUGGAGAGCUUUCUGGAGGACGACGAAGUGCCGAGAUCAUCGUCGUCGUCCUCCUCCUCUGUGGUGGUCGAGGUGGGCCCUCGUCUGUCCUUCACCACGGCGUGGUCGGCCAAUGCCGUGUCUAUAUGCCGGGCGGCGGCGCUGGUGGAGGUCACCCGCAUGGAGAGGUCGAGGAGGUACCGGUUUCAUCUCCGUCCCGGCAGCGGGCCUCUGCCGGAGAACCAGGUGCAGGAAUUCGCCGCUAUGGUUCACGACAGGAUGACGGAGUGCGUCUACAGCGGGAAGCUCAAGUCUUUUGAGUCAGCGCUGGUCCCGGAGGCGGUGGUGGUGGUUCCGGUGAUGGAGAAGGGGAGGGCGGCGCUGGAGGAGAUCAACCAGCGGAUGGGCCUGGCCUUUGACGAGCAGGAUCUCCAGUACUACACCUCCCUCUUCCGGGACGACAUCAAGAGGAAUCCGACCAACGUGGAGCUCUUUGACAUUGCGCAGUCGAACAGCGAGCACAGCCGCCACUGGUUCUUCAACGGGAAGCUCAUCGUCGACGGGGAGGCCGUGGAGGGCACCCUCAUGCAGAUCGUCAAGAGCACGCUGAGGGCAAACCCUGGCAACUCGGUCAUCGGCUUCAAGGACAAUUCCAGCGCCAUCAGGGGAUUUGCAGUGGAUUUCCUGCACCCGACGGCGCCCGGCUCGCCAUCGCCGCUCUGCCCGCUCCGGCGCGACCUGGACAUCCUGUUCACGGCGGAGACGCACAACUUCCCCUGUGCGGUGGCGCCGUUCCCCGGUGCGGAGACCGGUGCCGGCGGCCGGAUCAGGGACACCCACGCCACCGGGAAGGGCUCUUUUGUGGUCGCCGCCACCGCGGGGUACUGCGUGGGGAACCUGCAGAUGGAGGGGGCUUCCGCCCCGUGGGAGGACUCCUCGUUCGUGUACCCCUCCAACUUGGCUUCUCCGCUGCAGAUCCUGGUGGACGCCAGUGACGGCGCCUCUGACUAUGGCAACAAGUUCGGGGAGCCGCUGAUCCAGGGCUACACCAGGACCUUCGGCAUGAGGCUCCCCGACGGCGAGCGACGGGAGUGGCUGAAGCCCAUCAUGUUCAGUGCCGGCAUCGGGCAGAUCGACCACGCCCACAUCGCCAAGGACGAGCCUGAGGUCGGCAUGCUCGUCGUGAAGAUCGGUGGCCCGGCGUACCGGAUUGGGAUGGGCGGCGGCGCCGCCUCCAGCAUGGUGAGCGGGCAGAACGAUGCGGAGCUCGACUUCAACGCUGUGCAGCGCGGUGAUGCGGAGAUGGCGCAGAAGCUCUACCGGGUGGUGCGCACCUGCGCCGAGCUCGGGGAGGAGAACCCCAUCGUGAGCAUCCACGACCAGGGUGCCGGUGGGAACUGCAACGUCGUGAAGGAGAUCAUCUACCCGCAGGGGGCGGAGAUCGACAUCCGCGCCGUGGUGGUGGGCGACCACACCAUGUCCGUGCUCGAGAUCUGGGGCGCCGAGUACCAGGAGCAGGACGCCCUGCUGGUGAAGCCCCAGAGCGAGGGCUUCCUGCGCGCGGUCUGCGAGCGGGAGAGGGUGUCCAUGGCGGUUAUUGGCCGGAUCGACGGGGGGGGCCGCAUCGUGCUGAUGGAUGGGUGGGCGGCGGAGCAGCACCGCGCGGAGGGCCUCCCGCCGCCGCCGCCGGUGGUGGACCUCGAGCUGGAGAAGGUCCUCGGGGACAUGCCCCAGAAGAGCUUCUCCUUUAACAGGGUGCAGAGGCUGCGGGAGCCCAUCGACAUCGCCCCCGGCACCACGGUGAUGGACUCCCUGAAGAGGGUCCUGCGGCUGCCCUCCGUCUGCUCCAAGCGGUUCUUGACGACGAAGGUCGACAGGUGCGUGACGGGCCUGGUGGCGCAGCAGCAGACGGUGGGGCCCCUGCAGCUCCCUCUCUCCGACGUCGCCGUCAUCGCGCAGAGCUACGGCGGGCUCACCGGCGGCGCCUGCGCCAUCGGCGAGCAGCCCAUCAAGGGGCUCCUGGACCCCAAGGCCAUGGCGAGGCUGGCCGUGGGGGAGGCGCUGACGAACCUCGUCUGGGCCCGCAUCACCUCGCUCGGGGACGUCAAGGCGAGCGGGAACUGGAUGUACGCCGCCAAGCUCGACGGCGAAGGGGCGGACAUGUACGAUGCCGCCGUGGCCCUGGCGGAGGCGAUGAUCGAGCUGGGCAUCGCCAUCGACGGCGGCAAGGACAGCCUUUCCAUGGCCGCCCGGGCCGCCGGCGAGAUGGUCAAGGCCCCCGGGAACCUCGUGAUCAGCGUGUACGCCACCUGCCCGGACAUCACCCUCACCGUGACGCCGGAUCUGAAGCUCCCCGACGGUAGCGUUCUCCUGCACAUCGACCUGGGCAAGCGGGGGCGACGGCGACGGCGCCUCGGCGGCUCCGCUCUGGCGCAGGCGUUCGAUCAGGUCGGCGACGAGUGCCCGGACGUGGACGACGUUCCUCACCUGAAGCGCACCUUUGAGGCCGUCCAGGGUCUGCUUGCCGACCGGCUCAUCUCCGCCGGGCACGACGUCAGCGACGGCGGCCUGCUCGUCACCGUGCUGGAGAUGGCCUUCGCCGGGAACUGCGGCGUCGACCUGGAGCUCUCCUCCGGCGGGGACGGCCUCCUGGAGGUGCUCUUCGCCGAGGAGCUGGGGCUCGUCAUGGAGGUUGCCGCCGGAGACUUGGGCACCGUGCAGGAGCGGUUCCGAGCGGCGGAAGUCACCGCGGCGGUGAUCGGCCGGGUGACGGCGGCGCCGACGGUGACCGUCCGAGUCAACGGGAAUCUCCAGCUCAAGGAGGAGACGUCCCUCCUCAGGGACCUGUGGGAGGAGACCAGCUUCCAUCUGGAGGGCCUGCAGAAGAGGCUGGCCUCCUGCGUUCUCCUGGAGAAGGAGGGCCUGAAGAGCCGUCGCGCGCCGGCGUGGUCUCUGUCCUUCUCCCCGGCGCCCACCGCCGGCGAGCUCCUCGCUGUCGCCAACAAGCCCAAGGUAGCCAUCAUCCGCGAGGAAGGGAGCAACGGCGACAGGGAGAUGGCGGCGGCGUUCUUCGCCGCGGGCUUCGAACCCUGGGACGUCGCCAUGUCCGACCUCCUGAAAGGCGUCGUCUCGCUGCGAGAUUUCCGGGGGGUCGCGUUCGUCGGCGGCUUCAGCUACGCUGACGUGCUCGACUCCGCCAAGGGUUGGGCCGCCUCCAUCCGCUUCAACUCGCCGCUGCUCCGCCAGUUCCAGGAGUUCUACCGCCGCCCGGACACCUUCAGCCUCGGCGUCUGCAACGGGUGCCAAUUAAUGGCCCUCCUCGGCUGGGUCCCAGGCGGUGGCGGCGGCGCCGGAGAAAACGGCGAUGCCUCGCAGCCGCGGUUCGUCCACAACCUGUCGGGCCGCUUCGAGUGCCGCUUCAGCAGCGUGAGGAUCGAGGCCUCGCCGGCGAUCAUGCUGCAGGGGAUGGAGGGCAGCACGCUGGGGGUCUGGUCGGCGCACGGCGAGGGGCGGGCGUACUUCCCCGACGCCGCCGUGCUCGGCGGCGCACUGGCGGCGGAGCUGGCGCCUGUGAGAUACUGCGACGACGACGGCAAAGAGACGGAGGUGUACCCGUUCAAUCCCAACGGGUCACCGUUGGGAAUCGCCGCCCUCUGCUCCGCCGACGGCCGGCACCUCGCCAUGAUGCCCCACCCGGAGCGGUGCUUCCAGAUGUGGCAGUUCCCAUGGUACCCGAAGAGCUGGGAGGUGGAUGCCAAGGGCCCCAGCCCCUGGCUGAGGAUGUUCCAGAACGCCCGCCAGUGGUGCUCCUGA